UUUACGACUCAUGCUUGUUUUUGCGACUGUUGUAUAAACCGGAAGUGUCAGAGCUGCUGGCGACAGUUUCUCAAGAAUUUCAUUUUGACACGUCAGAUCAAACGUAACCUGGUGUGACUUGAUAAUUGGUGAGUGUCAGACAAGCCAUUGUGACGAAUAUGAAAGCAAGAACAGUGACGAAUUUUUCACAGCUUUCUUUCCAACUCCAAAGUACGUAGCCGGGCUAAUGUAGGCUGUCGCUAGCGAAGCCACUUGGAAACAUGUCUGGGACUUUUUAACUGGAUCAACGUGUGUGACGCUCAAGUUCUUCGGACUUUUAGCACAUUUACAAACAAUGUGGCUCCAGCAACGAUUGAAGGGGCUUCCCAGCUUGUUAUCAAGCAGUUGGGCGAGGAGACUUCUCAUCGGAUUGCUCGUCUUCCUCAUUUUCUACUGGUAUCUUGGAGCAGAGCGAAGGUGGAGAAUCUUUAGUGGCUCUGAUGUUCCGGGCGGGGUGGCUGGACAGUGUCUUCAGGCGGAAAUCCACAGAUGGAAGUCCCUUGUGGAACGUGGGGAGGGUUUGUACAGCACACCUCAGGAACAACUCGACACACCCUUUAUAUCAGGUAAUGGCCAUAUCCUCAUUGACACUGACUCCAACAAACUCUGGGUGGCGUCGUCUUCACGGCCUGGUUCGGCUCCGGUCCAUCAGACUGAAUUUUCCCCUAUUGCGAACAUUCAUUUCGAUGGGAAGCAGACUGAAGCGCGGGCAUCUAUGAUGUGGUUCCGAAAAGGAUCUGUCCUGUCUGUUCGGUGCGCCUCACCUGUGGCAUCUCGAGACUGCGUCACCAUCAGGGAGGAGUUUAUCGCCCACAGGAGUCGACACAACGUCUACCUUCAGAGAAUCCACAUUAACAACCCCUCCGACAAGUUGAACACCUUUGCGAUUUCCUACAAUGCCAAUGCCAAUCAUGGCGGCAAGUUCUCCACUAGUGUGGACAAAGUGGAUGACAAAGAGAUAGUGCUCUCAUCAGGCAGAGUCCUUUUAGAGAAGAACCGAAUGAUGCUGGUGGUGGUCGUCACCAAAAAGCUCAACAGUAGGAUCCAAGUCUUUGCAAAGUCUGAGUACACAGAAAAUAUCAUAUCUGUUGUGAGAACUUCAGAGCCCAUUGACCCAUCUAAGCUGGAGGAGACAUUCACGAGCCUACGGGAUGGAGCAAAAAUGGAACUGGGAGAGCUGCUGCGCUCUACUGUGGACGAUUUGGUCAUCGAUCACCAACAGGCCUGGAUGGACCUCUUCAUUUCAGGCGUCGAGAUGAGAAAGAUCACAGACUCGCAUACGCCAUCGAGCCGCACGGUGAACACCACCCUUUACUACAUCCUAUCCUCCUCGACGGCUCCCUUGUUGGAGCGCAAGCUGAGCAGCGAGGCGCGCGCCCACCUGGAAUCCAGCCUCAACUACGCCGACCACUGUUUCAGCGGCCACGCCACCAUGCACGCCGAGAACCUGUGGCCCGAGAGGUUGAGCAGCACGGCGCAGAUCCUGCAGCUGGUCACACUUUGGACCCUGACCCUCCAGAAGAGAGGCUGCAAGGCGCUGGUGGGGGCAGGCGCCCACGGCGCCAUGCAGGCCAUGGCGCUCAGCUUCGGCGGACUCCAGUUCACCGAGAACCACCUCCAGUUCCAGGCCGACCCGGACGUGCUGCACAACAGCUACGCCCUGAGAGGCAUCCACUACAAUAAGGAUGUUAUCAACCUGGCGGUACUGCUAGACGCCGAGGGCAAGCCUUUCCUCCACGUGUCCGUCAAGCCGCAGGACAAGCCCGUCAAGCUGUACGCGUGUGAAGCCGGCUGCCUCAACGAGCCCGUUGAACUGACGUCGGAGGUCAAAGGCCACACCUUCCCCGUAAUGGUGACCCAGCCCAUCACCCCCCUGCUUUACAUCUCCACCGACCUGCGCCACCUGCAGGACCUGCGCCACACGCUGCACCUCAAGGCCAUCCUGGACCAUGAGGAGCACAUGGCCAACAGGUACCCAGGCCUGCCCUUCAUCUUCUGGUUCAGCGUAGCCUCGCUCAUCACACUCUUUCACCUUUUCCUCUUCAAGCUCAUUUACAAUGAGUACUGUGGCCCCGGUGCCAAGCCCCUCUUUAGGAGCAAGGUGUAAGAGCACACAACUGUGAGAAGUGGCCGUUAAAUGAUUGCAAAUUGAUUUUUUUUUUUUUUUUGUAUGUACCUGCCUGCGUGUUGGGACGGAUUUCCUGGUGUUGAGUUCUCAUGUGGUGGCAGUUUUCAUCACCAGUAUGACACAUUGCAUCUGCCCUUUAACAUUUGAGUUCAGUUUGAAUGCACUUGAUGUGAAGUAUGGAACAUAUAAUGGUUGCCAGUAAAGAGAAUGCUUCCCUGGAAGUUCAUACCACCACAGCGCAAAUUCACCAUUCUGAUGAGUUAGCAUUUGCGGUGUCAAAAUGAAAGACGAACUUGGCAGCCUAGUGUCCUAUUUUUCUUGGCAUUCGUUAAAGAUUAUUUAUUGAAGAGCCAAAAAAGUCAAAUAAGUUUAUAAAGAGUAUUUAGUUUGGUUAGGGUUAGUCACUGGUUUCUGAUUUUGCGUUUGGUGUUCUGAAAAUCAUGGUUGGUACUUGAAGCAUGCAAAUUGUAAGUGAAGGAAAGUGCCCAUUGCAUUCCAAGAGACAGGCAAAGCAGUGAGCCCAAUCUGGCUCCAGUCAAUUGUCCCAAAACACGUCUGUUUCUGCAGCUUAAAAAAAAAAAACUGAACAUUUUAAAACCGCAUGAUGUCAUCGAAGCGUCAGUAUGCAAGCUUAACAUUAAGUCAAAGCAAAGUUACUGAACGGUGUAGCAGCAUUCCAAUAAAUCUGUGCAGUCAAGAUGAUGCAACUCAUCAAAGCUUCAUUAAUAAAUAACAUCAACCAUCCAUACAAAACAAAUACUCUGUUGCUGUAAAGUUCAAAUGAAGUGCUUUAAAUUGUUUCAACCAAUAGGGUCUUGGUCUGAUAGUCUACUUGUUUGUUGACAUAACAAAUGAAGCUGACGAGCAUUCUUUUUACCGAGGUAAACUGCGCAGUGCAGGUGAUGUCAUACAUGUAGGUUAAUGUUUGUCAAUGGUCCCAUGUGAACACAUCCACAGAGUUGCUGUGCACCUGCUGACACUUUGCCCUAGGUUCUUCCUUUGCUGUGUGUUGACGUUUUAUAAGGAAUCAUUCAAUUAAAUUAACAAAUGGUU